UAAGCUAACACGCUUUAAGCUUAAGGUCUAAGCGUUAACAUUAAGUGAUUGGGGAUACAAACUACAAAAAAGAGAAAAAAUAUAUUAAAAAAAAAAAUUAUCAAAACAUUCCUAUUUAUAACAAAAAAAAAUCAGUGAUUUAAAAAAUUAAAAAAAUUAAAGAACAAAUCCCUAAAAAGGCUGAUAUUUUAAUAAACAGAGUUUUUUCAAUUAAUUACCAAAAUCUAUAAACCAUAUAACUAAACAAAAUGAAAUUCUUCAACAUCACCCUACUUUUUGUUAUCAUCGCUUUGGCCUGCUGCUUAAGCACAACACUCGCCGAUGAUGCCAAACGCCCUGCCCUUAGACGACCAGGUGGUAAAUCGGUUAAAACAUCAACAACCACCUCAAAUCCAGCUGAUGAGGAGGAAGGUGAUUAUCCCGAUAAUGGUGAAGAGAAUCCCGAAGGAGAGGAGGGAGAUGAAGCUGAAGUCUCCUCAACCACCAGCACCACAGAAACACCAAAACGCAUUGGUCCAGUAAUUCGUCCAUUCCGUUCAAAUGAUGAUUUCUUGAAUUCUUUAAAACGCAGACAAAUGAAUGCCAAGAAAGCUAAAUCUGAAAAGCCAGCCCCUAAGCCCAAGGCUGCUCCUGCCCAAGAAUCUGAAGAUGGUGAUGAUGAGCCAGCUCCCGCACCAGCCAAGGGUUUCAGCAAACCCAGCUCACCACUGGGUCGCAACCGCAAAUUGCCCGGCAAGCCCUCCAAGCCUGAACCAGCUGAGGAACAUGCUGAAGAAGCUGAAGCCGAACCCAAACAAGAAGCCAAACGUCCUUUGGCUGGUCGUUUAGCCCUAAGGAAACGUAACUAAAUUAUUAAUAGCCUAAACUACCUAACAAACUUCCUACAUUCCCGCCCUGCCCCCCUCCUCAACCAACCAAACACACACAGAUUCCUAGAUGUGCUUCCU